UUUAUUUAUCAUAUCAUCAGCUACGGUGAAUGCCUCAUUAGCGAUCGUUAUCUAAUGAAUAUCAAUUAGAUUCGGUCGAAGAAAUGUGCUUAGCGUUCGGAGCUGUCAAAAUCACAUAACCAAAAAUUGAACUCGAUCUUUUAUACAAUCAUAGUAUGGAAUCAGUGAAUUUUUCAUGUGGAAUAUGACGUGUUGAUAUUUCUAAACAAAUAACCUCAUGUCAUGAAUAUGUAUUUAAUGUACGUCACUUCUCAUAAAUGUAACUGGCAAUAAUACAUACAUGCGAGAUGCAUGGUUUAUGGUUAUCAAGUCAGCAAUACAAUGUAUAGUUCACAAGAAGAUUUGCAAAUUAUAUAAACAAAUGUUUUGCAAAUAUGUGUAUGGUAUCUGACUGUAGCACGAAGGUUGUGGAUCUAUUUAAUAAAUUCAAUGAGAGCCUGGGAUCAUAUGCAUUUUCAAGAUGGAUUGGUCAGUUUGUGGAAGAGUAUCAGGCGUCAAACAUUCUAUUUUUGGGUACAAUCGGCCUUUUCUUGACAUUGUUAAUCGUAUCAAUUGUACUGAUAAUCCUACGAAAAUGGAAGAACAAGGAGUUUUUGCCGGAGGUUAAAGAAUUCGUUGGUGUGGGUAACAGCAGGCCCAGAUUUAGAAAGCGUGAUAAAGUUUUAUUUUACGGUAGAAAGAUGUUGAGGAAAGUAAAGUCCAUAAGUGGCCAAGUACAUCCAACUGGGCAAGGAAAAAAAAGACGUGCCGUAAUGCGUUUUGCCAGAAGGUUGUUACAACUGAAAAAAGAGAAUGCACCUCAACAAUUGAAAGUCUUAGAACCGCCAGCUGAAUAUUUGGAAGAAGAUCUAGGUCCAGGCGAUAGAGUACCACCUGAUGCGUUGUACAUGCUUCAAAGUAUACGAGUAUUUGGCCAUUUUGAGAAACCAGUAUUCCUUAAGCUAUGCAAACACACAGAGAUAAUGACUUUGCCUGCUGGCAGCUACCUCUUCAAAAUUGGAGACCCUGAUGUCAACGUGUUUAUUGUACAACAAGGGCUGGUUAAUGUAUUCAUUGUGGGAGCCGAUGGUGCCCAGAUUUCCCUGAAACUAGUAAAGACUGGGGAAUCUGUAACGAGCUUGCUCAGUUUCACCGACGUGCUAACAGGCCACACAAGUUCCUAUAAAACUGUAUCGGCCCGAGCUGUUGAAGAUUCCAUAGUAGUCAAGUUGCCAAUGAGUUCCUUCCAAGAGGUAUUUCAAGAUCACCCCGAUGCAUUCAUUCGAGUAAUCCAAGUCAUAAUGGUUCGAUUACAACGUGUCACGUUUACGGCCUUGCAUCAAUAUCUAGGCUUAUCGGCAGAGCUGGUAAACCCAGGAACGCAUAAAAAAAAGUACAGUCCGUUUUCUGGGUCUCCUGUGCGUUCAAGAACUCGAGAAAACUUCGCUGCACCGAAUCCAGAUAAUAAUGCAUCUUCUGGUCCAGGAAAUAAUGAGCAUGCUGGUGGCUCCGAAAUAUUCCAUCGAGACUGCUCGAGCCUGAUAUCACAGCCAAUACCAAUUGCCUCUAGUCGUCGAUCAAAAAGCACCCUAGAUUGGAAAUACCAGGGUUCCAAUCCUUUGCUAAGUCAAAAUUCAUCAGAUGUGGUGCCAGAAUGUGAGUCGCAUUGGCUGACUUCUCCUGUCACAGUCCCGCAGCAGGUCCAGGGUACUACACCAGAUCUUGUACACUCGGGAGGUGGUGGCACGAACAGAAAACGGUCAACAACCGAAGGGCCACAUCAUCAACAGUUGGACGAAUCACAACUUAUCCAAUUAGCAACCGAUGCUUUUGUUCGAGAGCUGGGUCUAGAAGAUGACACAAUUCUAAAAGAUGGUAAGGUGCAAAUUCGCGAAGUACCUGCUGGAACUUACAUUAUGAAAGAAGAAUCGCACAAGGAUGUAGCCCUGGUGUACGUGAUAUCCGGAUCGCUCAUUGUCAGUCAGCGUGUGGCGGAAGGGCGAGACGCAGGUCAGGAGGUUCAUAUGUACAGUACGCAUCCCGGUGAAAUAGUUGGUGGCCUGGCUGUACUGACAGGCGAGCCAUCUUUUUAUACAAUUCGUGCCAAACAUGCAAGCCGUAUCGCUCUACUCUCCAAAAGUACAUUUUUUGCCAUCAUGCGAGAGAAGCCUACGGUUGUUCUACAUGUUGCAAACACCGUUGUCAGAAGACUCAGUCCGUUUGUUCGACAAGUAGACUUUGCCUUGGAUUGGCUGUUCUUAGAGAGCGGUAGAGCUCUCUAUAGGCAAGGUGCUGAAUCUGAUUCGACAUUCAUUGUUUUGAGUGGACGUUUAAGAUCUGUUAUCACGUACGCUGAUGGAAAAAAAGAAUUGGUAGCAGAAUAUGGUAAAGGUGACUUAGUGGGUAUCGUCGAGAUGGUCACACAAACGACUAGAUCUACAACAGUAAUGGCUGUGCGUGACUCAGAACUAGCCAAACUCCCCGAAGGUCUGUUUAAUGCUAUCAAGCUCAGAUUCCCGAUUGUUGUUACAAGGUUGAUUAAUCUGCUGGGUCAUCGAAUACUUGGAUCUUGGCAACGUUCACAAUCUAACGGUGUAUCGAAUGGAGUAACAAGUCGUGCGGCUGCAACAGUAGAUGCCAGGCCAUCUCAAGUGAAUUUUUCAACUGUAGCGAUUGUACCAAUUUCAGAAGACGUUCCGCUAACUGCCUUUACAUUUGAAUUAUACCACUCAUUGUGCGCGAUUGGACCGUGCCUGCGGUUGACGUCCGACGUUGUUCGAAAGACGCUCGGAGCUGCCAUAAUGGAACCAGCAAACGAAUACCGACUCACUUCGUGGCUGGCACAGCAAGAGGAUCAGCAUCGCAUCUCAUUGUAUCAAUGUGAUUCGAGCUACACUCUCUGGACGCAACGUUGUGUGCGACAAGCUGAUUGUAUACUCAUUGUUGGCUUAGGUGAAAAGACACCAAGCUUAGGUCGUAUGGAACGUGAAGUAGAAAGACUCGCGAUGCGUACGCAAAAAGAAUUGGUCUUACUUCAUAGAGAACAAAGCGGGCUUCGACCCAGUAACACCGUUGAAUGGCUAAACAUGAGAAGUUGGGUCUCGAGUCACCAUCAUAUUCAGUGCCCAAAACGGAUGUUUACGAGAAAAUCACAAUAUCGUAUUAAUGAACUUUACUCAAAAGUGCUAACAUCAGAACCAAAUGUGCACAGUGACUUCAGCAGACUUGCACGAUGGCUUACAGGAACGUCUGUAGGACUAGUUCUCGGGGGUGGGGGCGCUCGAGGGGCAGCACAUAUUGGUAUGCUUAAAGCAAUUCUAGAGGCUGGAAUCCCCAUUGAUAUGGUCGGAGGUGUCAGCAUUGGCGCAUUUAUGGGUGCCUUGUGGUGUAUGGAAAAGAACAUCACGACUACAACUCAGAAAGCUCGAGAAUGGUCAAAGAAAAUGACGCAAUGGUGGAGACAAAUAUUGGAUUUGACUUAUCCUAUGACUUCAAUGUUUUCGGGAAAAGAUUUUAAUGCAACUAUUCAGGGAACUUUUGGAGAUGUGUAUAUCGAAGAUCUGUGGCUUCCAUAUUUCACGAUAACCACGGACAUCACCGCAUCUUCGAAGCGCACGCAUACACACGGAUCGCUGUGGCGUUACAUUCGGGCUUCGAUGUCAUUAUCGGGUUAUAUGCCGCCGAUGUGCGACCCGGUUGACGGCCACCUGCUCCUUGAUGGCGGGUACGUCAACAACUUACCAGCUGAUGAAAUGCUUAGACAAGGAGCUCAUCACAUACUAGCAAUAGAUGUGGGCUCGCAAGAUGACACCGACCUGACAAAUUAUGGAGACUCAUUAUCGGGCUGGUGGUUAUUAUGGAAACGAUGGAAUCCAUUUGCAACUGCUGUCAAAGUCCCAAACCUUCCUGAUAUUCAAUCCCGUUUGGCAUACGUCAGUUGUGUUCGACAGUUGGAGGAAGUAAAGUCGUCAGAUUACUGUGAAUACAUUAGACCGCCAAUUGACAAAUAUAAAACGUUACAAUUUGCCAACUUUGAUGAAAUCAAAGAUGUUGGCUAUCAUCAUGGUAAAACCUACUUCGAGGGUCAAUUGAAGGCAGGGGUUUUGCCGAGAUUUAAUGCUGGCAGAGAACAAGCGAAAGCAAUGCAAGCAAAAACUCUAGCAGCGAAUCAACAACAGCAGUCAUCCGUCUCAGCUUAUACAUUUACUGAUUUGGCACAAAUGGUUUGUAAGGUCUCUCGUGGCAGUCGGUAUGUGGACUUGGAUCUGGACUCAGAUUCAGAAGAACUUGAAGAAUAUGAAGCCGAUUUAGAAGAAGAUGCCCAAGAGGUUGGCUAUGCCUCAGAACCUACUGCGGGAAUUCUCGAUCAGUUAGGACCAUCUCUAGGACCUUAUGGGCAUCCUCCAUUUUCUCUAUAGCUGUGCAUGAGUCCAGAUGAUAAUCGUCUUCGACGACGAGCCGGAGGUUCCUUAAGCCUGUCAGAAACAGAAGCUGAGUGCGAUAUAGAUUAUCGCUCCAAACGUUUUUGAGUCUGCAUAUGGUGAACAAUAAAAUCCUAGAGUCUGUGUUGAUCAUACACAAAUAGUUGAAUAAUUAUAAUUCUCGAGUUUUUUUUUUUAUUUUAGUUGCAAUUUGUCUAAAGUGUAAACGUAAUCUACAAAAAAAACUUUCAAGCUGUCAAAAACUCGCAUUGCGGGACACCUGUCAAAGAAAUGCACUACCAUGGCGAUUGACUGUUGUUAUUACUGCGAUCAUUAACAUUAGUAUCAUUAGUAUUAAGUAAGAAUAAUAAUUAUAUUGUUUCUAUUGAAA